AGCAUCAGCGUCAGCGGAAGAAGUAUUUCCCGAUUGGUUUGGUCACCUGUUAGGAGCCAAAGCAAUUUAGUGCGUAUGUUGAGAUGUGGAUCUCCGGUUGUACUGGGUCGCUGUUGUUCAAAUGUGCGAAACAAGUGUCUAUAGCUUCGGGAUCUCUACUUACAGCUGGUUGUAGGAGAAAAAUAAACCCGAUGGCCGGAAGCGGAAGCUGGAUGAACAGCAGAGUUUACAGUGACUCCCAGCAACAGCGGUGUGACACGGGGAAACUGGUGCGUAAUGGAGAAGAUAGAAAAGCUGUGGUCUGCAUUGAAGGGAAUAUUGCCAGUGGUAAAACCACAUUUCUGGAGUACUUCAGCAAAACUAGCAACAUAGAGGUACUUACAGAACCUGUGUCCAAAUGGAGGGAUGUACAAGGACACAAUCCUCUGUCUCUAAUGUACCAGGAUCCUGAGCGCUGGGGGAUGACACUGCAGACCUACGUUCAGCUCACCAUGCUUGAUAGGCACUUGACACCCAUGUUAAAGUCUGCCAGUGUUAGGAUGAUGGAGCGGUCCAUCUUCAGUGCCAAGUACAUUUUUGUAGAGAACCUCUCCAGAAGUGGAAAAAUGCCAGCAGUGGACUAUGCUAUUCUCAGCGAAUGGUUUGACUGGAUCACAACUAACAUUUCCAUUCCUGUUGAUCUGAUUGUUUACUUGCAGACAUCUCCGCAGACCUGCCAUGACAGGUUAAAGCAACGGUGUAGAGAGGAGGAAAAAGUGAUUCCAUUGAAAUAUUUGGACUCUAUCCACCAGCUUCAUGAGGACUGGCUUAUCAAACAAACCUCCUUCCCCCUACCUGCUCCUGUUUUGGUAAUCCCUGCUGACCAUGACCGCCAGGAGAUGCAGAACCAGUAUGAAGAAAAUCGUGACAAAAUCAUAGCGGCAUGCUUCACGUGAUGUCAAAUUCAACUGUCAACAGCAUUUUAAAUGAAGGUCUUGUAAUUUUAUGUAACGUCUAAACUUUUUCCUUUUUUUUUUAACUGUGAUAUACAGUGCAACGACUUUCUUUGGCAUCCCUUUACCCUCACACGUUCAUCUGAAAGCACUUGGAGAAUACGUCAAAAAGAAUGAACCUUUUUUAAUAUAUAUAUUAUUUAAAUAUAUUUCUUUAAAAAUGAAUGCUAUUAACAAAAACUUGUCUUAUCGCCUCCUGUAUAGGCAAAAUAUUUAAGAAUACAGACAAUAUCAGAGUAAGCUCCGGCUGAAUGAUUGAUCUUGCUUUUUGAAACCUAUGCUUUUUACCUGUUUUAAAAAACACACAAUACUGUCAAUAGUUUUUUGUUUUUUCCAUUCAAAUGUUAUAUCAUGUUAUUGUAUACCAAAACUGAAAAAGGUUCAUCGUAAACUUCAUUAUUUCAAAAACAAAAAUAACACAUGUGAUAACAAUUUCUGUUAUUG